AGGGUGGGUACUAAAUGCACAGAACAAAUUCCUCCUUACUUAGUGUAGUCUGUGACCUUUUUGGUAACUAUAUAAUUAAGCUUCUACUUGGCAUUUUAAAACUAACAGUGAAUUGCCUCUGAUGCGUGAGUCCUAUGCUGGAAGCAGCUCUGAGGCCCCAAAGUGAAGUAAAUAAUCAGUUUGCAAACUCCAGGCGCGCAGCGGCCGAACCGCGAGGAGUGAACCACGCGGGCCGCCGUAGUCAGCUGCUGGGAGCAGGAAGUGUCCGAGCAGCGGGCGGAGACUGCACGAUGGCACCGGACCCCUGGUUCUCUACAUAUGAUUCCACCUGUCAAAUUGCCCAAGAAAUUGCUGAGAAAAUACAACAACGAAAUCAGUAUGAACGAAGAGGUGAAAAGUCAUCCAAGCUCACCGUGGCAAUCCGAGCCUUGUUGCACAACUUGAAGGAAAAGAUCGCCCUUCUGAAGGACUUAUUGCUAAGAGCGGUGUCAACACAUCAGAUAACACAACUGGAAGGAGAUCGAAGACAGAACCUACUGGAUGAUCUCGUAACUCGAGAGAGACUGCUGCUGGCGUCCUUCAAGAAUGAGGGUACAGAGCCAGAUCUAAUCAGGUCCAGCCUGCUGAAGGAAGAGGCUAAGCGAGGAGCCCCUAGCCCUUGGCUCUUUGAGGAGCCAGAGGAGACCAGGGGCUUAGGAUUCGAUGAGCUCCGGCAACAGCAGCAGAAAAUUAUCCAAGAACAGGACGCAGGCCUUGAUGCCCUUUCCUCUAUCAUAAGUCGCCAAAAACAGAUGGGGCAGGAAAUUGGGAACGAGUUGGAUGAACAAAAUGAGAUAAUCGAUGACCUUGCCAACCUCGUAGAGAACACGGAUGAAAAGCUUCGCACCGAAACCAGGCGUGUGAGCUUGGUGGACAGAAAGUCAACCUCGUGUGGCACUGAGGAUGAAACAUCAGCGCGGCCUCCGUCCCGGCCUUGUGGCACGCUUAGUCUAACGGGAAGGCUGCAGACCCAGGCAAUGUGAGAAAGGCUUUGCUGGACAUGCACUGGACA